UUGUACUAAUUAGCCGCGACCGCAGUGUGGCUUUUUUGCCAACACAGAACUUGCUAUAUAAAUAAACCACUUGCGGUUUUUCGAAGCAAACAAUCCUGCAACUUUCGACAAACUACAAACUUUCCUGUUUGCUAUCAAGUCAUUAAGUAUCACAUAUCAGCUGCAGCCAUGAAGUGCAUCUUGGUGACCCUUCUCUUGGUGGCAUGUGUCAGCGCCAACGUUAUUCGUGAACGCAGACAACUUUUGGGCGGUAACGCUAGCUGCACCGCGGCUCAACAAGCGCAGUGUGGGUCGGCACAGUGUCAGAAUAACGGCAACACCAACACUCAGGUGCUGAGCGGCGGUAACAGCGGUGGUGGUGGCCUGAUCAGCGGCGUGCCCGUCAACCUGCUGAACGGUGCUGGCGUCCAGCUGCCCAUCAACGCCAACGUCUGCCCGCCCGUAUCCGUAUGCAAUGCAUGCUUGGGUGCCAACGUUCUCGGUUAAUUGAUUACAGCAACCGAUAGUGUAUUAUUCUUUUUAUUCUGAUGUUUCUUACGACACAUUGGCUGUGGACGAAUAGUGCACCUGACGAAUCCGAAAUCUUGUUGACUUGUUAGUAUUUGCACAUACAAUAAAUUAAAUUACUCCGUUUCCUUCUGCCGGGAUGAGUUCAC